AUGAGAUCCGUGCAUCAAUCCAAGGGGGCAUUCACAUUGAUGCUUUUCAUGGCACUGCUGCUGUCCCUUUUGGGCGGCGUGUUGGCAUCUACGUUUCAUGAAUAUUCCAAGGAGCAAAUAUUCCUUUUGCGGCGUAGUGGCGUGUUGAAGGACGGUUGGCACAAUAUUUCCCGCCCUCCGUACUCUUUCUACAGCGGCGGGGAGACGGGAAAAGAAUUGGAGGAUAUUUACUCCAUGAGUGUUGGCCAAUUGAAGAACAUGUUGCGGGACCGGCAGGUCAGUUGCGUGGGAUGUGUGGAGCGCGGCCACCUGGUGGAGCGAGUUGUAGAGAUGAGGCACCAACCAACCAUGGAACAACUUGUGGUGGAAGAACUUAUUUUAAUGGAGAAUGUGCCGCUCGAGUACGAGUUGGCAUUCGCAGUGGGAGCGGUGGGUGGGCGGCAGGAUGGAGCUGCAGAGCUUGAGGUGGAGGAGGAAUAA